AAAAGAAAGGUUCCAUUAGCGAAUGCAGAAAGCGACAACAUUAAGGUGUAUGGUAAGGGUGAAGUCCACGAAGCCCAUAUAAAACCUUCUGUUCAAACUGAGCCACCAAAAGAACAAGAAGAAAAGAAGCCAGAUGUACUUUCAAUAACGAACCAAGAGCUUAUUGCAAAGUUCGUGAAUUUCAUUGAAAAACAAACCGAGUCAAAGAACCCUGACCCACCAGUGAAAGAAGUUGAGACAAAAGAGAAUGUACAGUUCAUUGAAAAUGUCAAGAAACAACUUCCACCACGAAUGCCAAGAAGAAGAGUGAGAAUAAUGAAGUAA